AUGACACAACAGGAGGCACGAGCAUCUCCAGAAGUUGUGAUGGGUAUAUUGAGCAUAUUUGGUAGAGAUGCACACAUUCUUAUAAAUCCUGGGUCCACUCAUUCUUUCGUGUCACAAUCAUUUUCUGUGCAUGCGGAUAAGGAGUUAAAAUUAUUAGAUUGUGGACUAGUUGUGGGUACCCCAGUUGGGAAUUCUAGUAUUUGUGAGCAUGUCUACAAUGAUUGUGUGAUUAAGGUGGGUGAUCAUGAGUUUUUACACGCUUCCGCAGUGCAUAACAAAUCGGUAUCAGAGUAUGAGAAUGAUAUUGUUUAUACGCUUCUGCGGUAUACAAUAGAAAGAGUUUCUGUUCUUUCCAGCUUACAUGCUUUUGAUGAACAUUCUUCAGGAUUACCUCCCAAUAGGGAGAUUAAGUUCUCCAUUGAUUUGAAUCCUAGUACAGCCCCUAUCUCAAUGGCACCAUAUAGGAUGGCUCCAGCAGAACUGAGGGAGUUAAAAGUACAAUUGCAAGAAUUACUUGAUAAGGGCUUUAUAAGGCCUAAUAUAUCACCUUUGUGA